UCCUCAGAUAAAUUGCAGCAUAGUCUCGCGGAUUCCUGAGACUGAGCGACUCUCUCUGAUAUCUGUGUCAAACAGGGAAUCAGACAGACUAGCAGUAGGGAGCUUUAGAUUUUUUUUCAACAGGUCUUCUCUCUCCGUCUCUCUCUCUCUCUUUCACACACGUACACACAAUGGAACAGAAGACAAUCCCACAUGCUUACCCCAUGAGUGUAGAAUACGAGAGUGAGAUCCCCGCUAGAAUCUAUGAUCAGAACUUUGGGGAAGGUCUGUCACCGGAGGAUAUUUUAGCGCCCACACUUUACCACGGUUACUACAUCAGACCCAGGAUCAAUAAGCAAUUGGAUCGAGGCUUUUCGGCGUUGACAACAAAGGACGACAAGUUCCAAAUCCUGCUGGACGUGUGCCAGUUCCUGCCAGACGAGAUCUCCAUUCGGACAAUAGAUAACCUGCUGGAGGUGACCGCACGCCACCCCCAGAAGAUGGAUAGUUACGGCUUUAUCUCCAGGGAGUUCACCCGCACAUACAUCCUGCCUCUUGAUGUGGACCCGCUGUUGGUCCAUGUCACCCUCUCCCACGAUGGCAUCCUGUGCAUCGAGGCAGUGAGGAAAGGCGAGGCGACCCAGCCACAAGUUUGCCCAGUGAAGAUCCACAUUGUGCCACCUCCCGCACAGCCUGGCACGGCGAAGGAAAAGGAAUAGUCAACCAACAAGGGUGGAUCCUGAACAGAAAAGAUACAUGUUCAACUGACCCUAUUUACACGUUCUUUGUUGGCCGGGUUAAAUCAUCGAUAAGGUGUUUCUAUUACGUCCGUUGUGUUCUAAGUCGGGGGGGGGGCAACCUGUUGGCUGCCGAGGGCUGAAAGCUCUAUUUGAGAAACGUCUGUGAGCCCCAUAAGUAAUAUUUUUAUGUUUCC